CAGCUAAUUUGAGGUGACCGCGUUGUUCUGUAUCCCUGCCUCCCUGGUCAUUUCUUCUUUUCCGUCAACCUUCUUUCUCGCGCCCAAACAGGAGUUCUCUCGUUCUAAAAAAAGAUUGCGAAAGGACAUGAAUCCCAUGAGGAUCGAGCAUAUGGAGGAGCCUAGUUCUUGAUCCAAUCUCCCAGCAUGCUUGACGAACGCGAAGACGAACGUGGGGCGAACGCUGCAUGCUAACGCGGUUGAUCUUAUUCCUAAUAAUCCGUAGCGAUUCGGGAGAUUGAUUUUUGAUCAUGCACAAGCGAUCCAAAUCCUGCGAGCCGUACAGGAAGAUGGAGGAGCGCGUCGGGUGCAGCAAUGCCGCGACGUCCUUCGACGACUCCGCCACCGGCAGGACGGCGGGCGCCGCGGCGGCGCAGUGCUCCACGGUGUCGGUGUUCCUCGCCAAGAUCAACGGCGCCGCGCGCCACGUCACCGCCGUCUGGAGCAAGAGCCUCAUCAACCAGUCCUUCACCGUCUCCAUCGAACGGCCGGGCGACGGCGACGGGCCGGUCACCCACAGGGUGGAGCUGAAGCCGUGGCCGUUCUGGAGCAAGAAGGGCGGCAAGGCGCUCGACGUGGGCGGCGGCGACCGCGUCGACAUGUUCUGGGACCUGCGCUCGGCCAAGUUCGCGGCGGCGGGCAGCAGCCCGGAGCCUGCCGGCGGCUACUACGUCGCGCUGGUCAGCAACGACGAGGUCGUCCUCCUGCUCGGCGACUGCAAGAAGGACGCGUACAAGCGGACCAAGGCCCGCCCGUCGCUGGAGGACGCCGUGCUGGUGUGCCGCCGGGAGAGCGUGUUCGGCCGCCGCAGCUUCGCGGCGCGCGCGCGGCUCGACGCCAGGAGGAGCAAGGAGCAUGAGAUCGUCAUCGAGUACGCGCUCGCCGCCGCGGGCUCCAGCAGGGACCCGGAGAUGUGGAUCACGGUGGACGGCUCCGUGCUGCUGCAUGUCAAGAGCCUUCAGUGGAAGUUCCGGGGCAAUGAGACGCUGCUCGUCGACGAGGAGCCGGUGCAGGUCAUCUGGGACGUGCACGACUGGCUCUUCGCCGGGCCGGGCACGCAGGCAGUCUUCGUCUUCAAGCCCGGCGCACCGCCGGAGAUCCAAGAGGACAGCGGAGGGAACGCCAUCCAGGGUGACGGGACUGACUUCUGCUUCUUCCUUCAGGCAUGGAGGACGGAAUGAGGCGGUGAAAUUUGAAGGGCAAGGCAAUGAUCUUGUCCUCGCGCUACUGAUCUGUUGAUGUGAAUGACAUUGAAAGCGUAUCCAGCUUUACAAAUUUGUAACCAGGAACACUUCGUCAAUCCAAGUUUCUGUCACUGGAAAUUUAAUCCAAGCACACAAGAUAUACAACUUUCUUUUUA